AUGGCAGACGGAUCAAAGGUGUUCAAGAAGACCAGUCCCAACAGCAAGCUAUCCAUCUACCUGGGGAAGAGAGAUUUUGUGGAUCACGUGGAUUCCGUGGACUCUGUAGAUGGUGUCUGCCUCAUCGACCCGGAGUACCUAAAGGACAGAAAAGUGUACGUGACCCUGACCUGCGCGUUCCGCUACGGCCGAGAUGACCUCGACGUUAUCGGGCUGACCUUCAGGAAGGACCUCUACGUCCUGACCACCCAGAUCUUCCCGCCGGUGCCGGACCAGGUGCCCAAAACCCUCACUCCUUUGCAGGAGAAGCUGAUGAAGAAGCUUGGGGAGAAUGCCUACCCCUUCACCUUCGAGAUUGCCACCAACCUGCCCUGCUCGGUCACCCUCCAGCCGGGACCAGACGAUGUGGGAAAAGCCUGCGGCGUGGACUUUGAGGUGAAAGGAUUUUGUGCUGAAAAUCUGGAGGAGAAAAUUCACAAGAGGAACUCGGUGCGCCUCGUCAUCCGCAAGAUCCAGUUUGCCCCCCCAAAUACGGGGCCAGCCCCCAAGUCAGAGACCACCCGGCAGUUCAUGAUGUCCGACAAGCCCCUGCACCUUGAAGCCUCCCUGGAUAAGGAGAUCUACUACCACGGAGACCCCAUCAAUGUGACUGUCAAUAUCAACAACACCACUAACAAGAUUGUUAAAAAAAUUAAGAUUUCAGUUGAUCAGAUCACAGACGUGGUCCUCUACUCGCUGGAUAAAUACACAAAGACUGUGUGCACUGAGGAGAUAAACGAGACCGUGGCGGCCAACUCCACCUUCUCCAAAACGUACUCCGUCACCCCCACGCUCUCCGCCAACCGCGAGAAGCGAGGCCUCGCUCUCGAUGGCAAGCUCAAGCACGAGGACACCAACCUGGCCUCCACCACCAUCCUGAGACCCGGCAUGGACAAGGAGGUGCUGGGCAUCCUGGUGUCCUACAAAGUGAAGGUCAACCUGGUGGUGUCCCGAGGAGGCAUCCUGGGGGAUCUCACUUCCAGCGACGUUGGGGUCGAGCUGCCUGUCAUCCUGAUGCACCCGAAGCCUGCGGACAGUAACGAGGAGGACAUCGUCAUCGAGGAAUUCGCUCGCCAAAAACUCAAGGGGGAGAAAGACGAUGACGAUGAGAAGGAGGAGGCCGACAAAGAGUGA